AUGCCGUCUUCGGCUGCCACUUCCACGGGACUCGGGUCCGAGACGAUUACACAGGACCACUGCUACCAUUGCACAUCGGAGCCUGCGAACCUGUGGCAAAAAUGCGGCGACUGUGGUCGUUUCGCUAGCUGCUUCGCGUGCUCCCAGCAAGUCCAUGAAUGUCCUCGGUGCGGCCAAAGGUUUUCGACAACUGGAGCAGCCCGAACGUCCUCUUCAGAAGCCGAUCGGCAAAUGGACGAGCCAACGUCUACCGAGCAACCGCAGCAUCAAACUUAUUUGAUCGUGUUGUCUUCCCCGGCCCUGUUCGUAUAUUAUCAUGAGGAGUGGCUACGCAACCAAGAUUUCCACUCGCACAUGCGGUUUUCGGAAGCUGCCCACACUGAUGGCCGCAGGGUUUUUGUGUUCUGGAGGCACCAUGCUCCAGCAAUGUUGGAGUCGAUGCUGGCUAAUCCGGAUCUACAGCUGGGCAUCAUAAGUGGGUCCAUGGACAUACCCUUCCUGUCCAGGAUCAUCCUUGCAAUUUUGCGAGAUGGGUUGGGUUGGAGUGAUGCGAGGUUCGAGGACAAGGUCAACAGCAUCGUGGGCCACGGUGGUCAGAUCCACCUGCUGGGGCCAGAGUGUGUGGAGGCCUGCAAAGGGGGCAGCCGCAAGGUCUUGGCACCCAUUAUGACGCGCUUCCCCACCUUCAGAGAGACUUCGAUUCUCAUCGUGGAGCGACGAGGCCGAGAGCUCGUUGAUGAUGAUGAGCAGGAUCUCAAUACAGUGUUGGUCCGGCCCUCUGUGGAAGAUAUUAGGGGCACCUGGGCAUGGGACGUCCCAGAAGAUCAUGAACUAUGGGAACUCCGUGAGUGCUUGUCACAGCUAGUUGAAUCUCGGCCAGCAGACAUUCGUGUUUUUUGCAGCAGCUGGGCCUUGCACUGCAAGGAAAACACAGUGUCCGCACACCCCGGUUCGCAUCGAUCGAACAAGAAGCCAUCAAACUGA